AGCACAAGAAGCGAAGGGAGCGGACAGCGCUGGACUAUUGUUAUUGUUUCUGUUUUGGUUAUUGUCGUAAUUGAAGUCAAUUUAUAACAUUGCCGGUACCGCGAAUGGGAAUGCAGCCGAACGAUGUUCAAAUCAGAACGUAACAUAAGCGCGUGUCGGGCACUUGCUGAUACAACAACCACGGAAAGCGCUGCCUCCUCCUCCGCCAAAAUGUCGCUAUGCCGAGCGUGUCUGGUACUCCUCGACUCCCAAGAUGCCGCCUAUGAUUUGUGCCGGGAAGAGAACUUGGCGGCCAAAUUCUUUGGCUGCAUGGCAACCAGGACGGCGCCACUCGACCAGGAUUCAAGCUCUGAGAUUGUGCUUCAAUGCAUCUGCGAGUGCUGUUAUCAAAUGGUGCAAAAAUUCCAUGAUUUCCAAUGCAUGUGCGAGGAGUCUCUUAGGAACUUUGAGAAAAUUAUGCUGGAAGUCAACGCGAAAGCCGAAUAUUGCAAGGACAAGGAAGAAAAAAGAAUUGAAGUUGAACAAAAAAUAUUUGAAACACAAUUGGAGGAAGAUUUCGAUUUAAAGCAAGAGGAAGUAAAUAUUCAAGUUCAAUCGGAGUCAAUUGAAGAAAUUGAAGAGGUCUAUAUAAUAGAAGAUGAAGCUGCCAAGGAAUUGCUUGAAAAGGAGAAGAUUACCAUAUCUGGAAAACAAGGACUCCUUCGAAGAGUAGGCAACAAGAUGGACUGUCACAUUUGUGGUCGUGGAUUCUACAAAAUGUCGCUGUAUGAGGCGCAUAUGCAGAGGCAUCGAGGGGAACAACCCUAUAAAUGUACAGUCGACCAAUGUGAGAAGACUUAUGCGCGCGCUAAUUUACUAACCGAACACCUGAAGGAAGCUCAUCAUAACUUUGUAACCACAUAUCAAUGUGUAGAGCCUAAUUGUAACAAAGUUUACACGGCAAUUCGCAGUCUCAAUUAUCACAUUAGGCGGCAACAUACCAAGGACGCUAAAGAGUCCCAUAUAUCUGCACAUAUUUGUGAAAAGUGUGGCAAAUCUUAUGGUCGAAGAGCUCAUUUAACUCGUCAUCAAUGGGUUCACAAGAGCAAAGGAGAGCUUAAAUUCGCCUGCGAUUACUGCGUCCAGCGUUUCUAUACCAAUCAAAAUCUGCAGGAUCAUAUCUUAAGGAGUCACAGUUAUAAGCAACCCUUUCGCUGCAGGCGUUGUGGCCGAAUUUUUGAAUCUCGCGGUGCUUUGUCCAUUCACAUGAAGAAGUCACAUUCCAAGUCAAGUGUUUAGUGAUCCAUUAUUCGAUUUUUAUUUAUAUAUAUAUGUAAUUUCAAUAACUCUUCUUGCUAACGAAACUUGUUACAAUGUAAAAAGUACAAUCCAUUUUGAAAUACUAAAAAUUUGUUAUUAUAUAUUUGAUGUCGACAAAUCGGCUGAUUUUUAAAGUAAAUACAUAUACGAAGUGAGUUUGGGGAUCUGGGAGGUUACUAUAAAAUUAGCUAACAUUCACAUAAUGCCCGGGCUCGUAUAAUUGCUUUAAAUCAGUACAAAUUUAUGGCACAAGCCCGUUUACAUAUUUUCAAAAAUCAUUUAUAAAAACAAUUAACUACAACUCAGGCUUAAGCUUAAUGAAACAGACGGUUUUGAGAAUUACAUACAUAUACCAUUACAUUAUAUAUAAUUAAUUUGUUGGAAAAUAUUUUUAAAAAAAUUGGAGAAUCGAAACGAGUCGCGUCUAUCAAUGACAGCAGUUGGAGAAAAGAAAUGCCUAUGUGCCAAAUCAGCAUUAACUAAUAUAGAGAGAGGAUGUGGAGGGCGGGGGAGUAUGAGUGGUGUGUGUGUGUGUGUGUAGGUGUUGCAUGCACCGUACAUACAAAUGUAAAUAAAUACGCCGCAAUAUGAGCAUAGAAUGAGGAUAAA